AUGUACGCAGGUCUUAUUGAUGAAUUGGGAUUAACACCUUCAGGAAAUAUUGGAAAAGCCGUAGAUGUACCUGGAAAAGGAGUUGUAUCACAAACUUUAUACAUUUCAAUGAUGACACAAUAA